AUGAACCCUCCCAAAGACCGUGCUCCUUGGGAGCUCAAAGCGGAAGAAGUUGAAAAACAAAUGGCAGGAAAGGAGCAGUUUGAGGAUUGUUUAUCCUGCAGGGCCACAGGAUCCGCUGCAUUUAUCGGACUUGGUGUGUACAGCUACUACACAGGAAUACGGAAUCUCAAGCAACGAGAACAAAUCAUUAUGCGAAGCGCAAGCAAAUACAAAAUGGGCUCGAGGCAGCUUGGAAUCGCUACAACAUCUGCUGCUUUAGUAGCCGUCGGAAUAUGGAGAGCUUUCAAUUGA